AUGGACAGCGACACGAGUCAAAAUGGCGAGUCCAAGACGACCUUUCAAAACAAGGAGCACACACACAAUGGUCUCACUACAGUGCCAACAUCGGUGACACUGUCAUCUGAACAAUUCGAAAGGCUUUAUUUGACUCCCAUGACGGUUCGGCAAUCACCAUUAGCCAAGAAGGUUGGAAAUCCGACACCUUUCCUUGGGAGGCUUCGUGAUUACCACCACCCCCCUGUCAUGCUGCUUGAUGGCCUGGAGAGGAGCCAGUGGAAAUGGUGUGGCGUUGAUGUGAGUGAUGGAACAAAUUGCGAUGAGAGCCUCAUCUAA